AUGGCUUCUCUCUCUAUCUUCAUGGGAGUUCUCUCCCUGUCAACAUUUACACUCGCGGCGGGUAAUACACCCGGUCUUCCUCUUGUCAUCAAUACAUGGGGUGGCGAUUUCACCGCCGCUACGGAUGCGGCCUUCACCGCGCUGGGGAAGAAGGCUUCUGCACUUGACGCGGUUGAAAUUGGAGGUACGACGUGUGAGAACAAGCAGUGCGAUGGAAGUGUAGGCUUUGGAGGAAGUCCUGAUGAGAACUGUGAAACUACACUUGAUGCGAUGAUCAUGGAUGGUGGGAGUAUGAAUUCUGGUGCUGUUGCUGCUCUGCGUCGCGUUAAGGGUGCGAUUUCUGUUGCUCGACAUGUUCUCGAUCAUACUACCCAUUCUCUCAUCGUUGGAGACCAAGCUACCGAGUUCGCUGUCCAAAAUGGCUUCAAGACCACAAGCCUGUCUACCAAAAACUCGGAUAAGCUGUGCAAGGACUGGAAGGCCAAGAAGUGCCAGCCCAACUAUCGUAUCAACGUCAGCCCAAACCCAGCAUCAACAUGCGGUCCCUACAAGCCUCUCGCUACCCUCACAACAAGCACCAUGAAGACGAAUAAACAAACCGGCCACGACACCCUCUCUCUCAUCGCAAUCCACAGAGACGGUUCCAUGGCUGCAGGAACAACAACAAACGGCGCCUCCCACAAGAUCCCCGGACGCGUCGGCGACGGCCCCAUCGUUGGCAGCGGCUCUUAUGUCGACAGCGACAUUGGCGGCUGCGGAGCCACAGGUGAUGGCGACAUCAUGCUUCGUUUCCUUCCUUGCUACCAAGCCAUCGAAGGCAUGCGCAACGGCCUCUCACCCAAAGAAGCAGCCGAGGAUGCAGUUCUCCGCAUGGUUCGCAAGUACGGCGAUCUCAAGAGCGGUAUCGUUGUCGUGGAUCGGUACGGAAACCACGGCGCUGCAUGCAGUGGGUGGAACUUCCAGUACAGCUACAGAGGAGGAAAGAUGACCAAGACAAAGGUCGUCACUGUGAAGCCGGUGCAGGAGGUACGUCUUGACUUGUAG